AUGUCGUCCGUUACCUCGUUGCUAUCGGCGACGCCAACGUCGUUAGCUGCUCCGACAUCGAGCGCUGGAGGAAACCGGGCUCCCUCCCAGGGCGGUGUUAUCGAGGGCGCAAACCCCUCGCAUUACAACCCAAAGGACCCAAUCACCAUGUUCAUCAUCCAGGCCGGUCUUAUCAUCAUCGUCUGUCACUUGCUGCAUUGGCCACUAUCCAAGAUUCGACAGCCUCGUGUUAUUGCCGAAGUCAUUGGCGGCAUUGUCCUAGGACCAUCUGUUAUGGGCCGCAUACCCGGCUUUCGUGCGGCUAUCUUCCCGGCAGAGUCCAUCCCAAAUCUGACUCUUGUUGCCAACCUCGGUCUCGUGCUCUAUCUUUUCCUCAUUGGUCUCGAGACAGAUGUCCGUUUUCUUCUUAGCAACUGGCGUGUCGCAACCUCAGUCGCGUUUGCUGGGUUGGCUCUCCCGUUUGCGCUCGGCUGCGCUCUUGCUUGGGGACUGUACAACCAAUUUUCCGGCGACGAGGGUGUCAUGCACAUUGACUUCCCUAUAUAUAUGCUAUUUAUCGGUGUCGCCAUCGCAAUCACGGCAUUCCCCGUUCUUUGCCGUAUCUUGACGGAGCUGAAACUCCUCGAUACAUCUGUUGGAGUCAUCGUCCUUUCCGCUGGCGUUGCCAACGAUGUCGUGGGCUGGAUUCUUCUCGCUCUUUGUGUUGCCCUCGCCAACGCGGGAACCGGGUUAUCCGCUCUCUGGAUUCUCUUAGCCUGUGUCGGCUACAUGCUGUUUCUUCUUUACGCCGUGAGGCCGGUAUUGGUUUGGUUGUUGCGACGGACCGGAAGCAUCGAGAAUGGACCCUCGCAGAGCAUGAUCGCGCUGAUUCUCUUGAUUGCUCUUGCAUCGGCUUUUUUCACCGGUAUCAUCGGCGUCCACGCCAUCUUUGGAGGCUUCAUGGUGGGCCUCAUUCUGCCCCGAGAAAACGGCUUUGCCAUCAAAGUUACGGAGAAGCUCGAGGACUUGAUCGGCGCUCUUUUCCUACCUUUGUAUUUCACACUGUCCGGCCUAAACACCAAUCUGGGUCUCCUUGACAGCGGUCUUGCCUGGGGAUAUGUAAUUGCUGUUACCUUUACUGCCUUUUUUACAAAGGUCAUUGGUGCAAGUAUCGCUGCUCGGUUGAAUGGCUUGGUAUGGAGGGAGUCCUUCUCGAUUGGUGCCCUGAUGAGCUGUAAAGGUCUAGUGGAGUUGAUUGUGCUUAAUAUUGGCCUCCAAGCCCGAAUUCUGAGCACUAGGACAUUCACUAUCUUUGUUGUCAUGGCUCUUCUCACCACCUUCGUUACUACUCCGCUUACCUCGUUCCUCUACCCUCGCUGGUACCAGAAGAAGCUCGAGGCUUGGAAGCGCGGUGAAAUCGAUUGGGACACUGGUGAAGUCAUCUCAAACAACAGCGGCUCAACUGACGAAAUGGAGUUUUCCAAGCCGACUACCGAUCGUGUCCAGCGCUUGCUGGUGUACCUCCGUCUGGACAACAUGCCCGCUCUUCUCAAUUUAGUUUCACUAUUCGGAAAACAGUCGUCUACCGGUGACCAGUUUGCCGGAAGUGAUGAGAAGGGCGGAACUCAACCGGCCACGACUGCGCUUGGCUCGUCCAACGGCAUGAGAGCUGUGAGAGCUCAUGGCUUCCGCCUGCUCCAUCUCACUGACCGUGACUCGUCAGUCAUGACGGUCUCUCAGGUCGACGAUUUUAGCCGCAACGACCCUGUUGUCAAUAUAUUUCGGACUGUCGGACAGUUUCUCAAGGUCGCUGUCUCUGGCGAAGUGUCUAUCAUGCCAGAAACACGGUUCGCCGAGGCCCUUCUGUCCAAGUCUUCAGACAUCUCGUCCGAUCUACUUAUCAUACCCUGGAGCGAAAGCGGUAGCUUGGGUGACUCACAGGUCCCGUCUGUGGAUAGUGCCAACAAGCUCGCGUCGACAUAUACCGGCUUCGCCAAGUCUAUUCUCGCCUCCACAGAGCAUAAUGUUGGCAUCUUCUUUCCCAAGGGUAGCGCACCUCAGCCUACUACGGACAGCGGCAACGAUCGCAGUAAGUUGAUGCGAGCGUACUCAUUCAGCGACAUACACCACGACAUCCCCACGAUUCCUGUAACAAACCAGUCUCACCACAUUUUCAUGCCAUACUUCGGUGGCGCCGACGACAAAUUUGCUCUCAGACUGGUGCUACAACUCUGCGAGAAGCAUAACGCCACUGCAACCGUGGUUCAUUUUGUGCAGGCUGGGAGUGACUCCCAGACCCAGGAAGCUGACUACUUCGGCUUCGUGUCUAGCCACACCCCUGCCGGCGUGGCCACACGCAUCAGAUUUGAGACCUCAUCUGGCAGCGAUGUUCUUGAGGCCGCUUCGAACUAUGCUGCGUCGGGCAUUCGGACAGACUCGCGUGAAGUUACGUGGCACAAUCUCAUCGUUUUAGGUCGCCAGAUUACCGCCAAGCCUGUCGAGGGUAAGAAGUCUGUUAGGGUCUUGGAGGAAAUCAAAGAUUGUUUGGGACUGGCUGCUGGUGUGUUCAUCGCCUCUGGCGUCAAGGCGGAUCUGCUGGUAGUUCAGGCCAAGACAGUGGCGAACUGA